AUGCCUCUCCAAAAGCUCUCAGCACUCAUUGAUGCCAUCUGCAAUUUCGUCAUUUGCAAUGACUCCUCCCUCCGUACCCAGCCGAUCAUCUUCAAUCCUGACUUCUUUGUGGAAAAGCUGCGCCAUGAAAAACCAGAGGUGUUCACAGAGCUUGUUGUCAGCAACAUUACCAGGCUCAUCGACUUGCCUGGGGCAGAGCUGGCCCAGCUGAUGGGAGAGGAGGACCCAAAGCUGCCUGGGGCAAACAGCACAGCCUCUGGAUUUUUUCGUUCUCUGAUGUCUCUGAAGCGCAAGGAGAAAGGGGUAGUGUUUGGCUCCCCGCUGACAGAAGAAGGCAUUGCACAGGUCUCACAACUGAUCGAGUAUCUGCACAAAAAUCUAAGAGCAGAAGGCUUGUUUCGGGUGCCAGGCAACAGCAUCAGGCAACAGAUCCUAAAGGAUGCUCUGAACAGUGGUACAGAUAUUGACCUGGACUCUGGGGAGUUUCAUUCCAACGAUGUGGCCACCCUGCUUAAGAUGUUCCUGGGUGAAUUACCAGAGCCACUGCUGACACACAAGCACUUCCAUGCUCACCUCAAAAUUGCAGACUUGACACUGUUUGAUGAGAAGGGGAAUAAGACCAGCACUCCAGACAAAGAGCGCCAGAUUGAAGCCCUCCAGCUGCUGUUUUUGAUCCUUCCCGCACCCAACCGCAGUCUGCUCAAACUGCUGCUGGACUUGCUCUACCAGACUGCCAAGAAGCAGGACAAGAACAAGAUGUCUGCCCACAAUCUCGCCCUCAUGUUUGCUCCCCACAUCCUAUGGCCCAGAAAUGUGACAGCAAAUGACCUUCAGGAGAAUAUCACUAAACUAAACAAUGGAGUGACCUUCAUGAUCAAACACUCUCAGAAACUCUUCAAGGCUCCAGCGUAUAUCCGGGAGUGUGCCAGGCUGCACUAUCUGGGAUCUAGAGCCCACACAUCAAAGGAUGACCUGGAUUUGCUGACAUCUCCUGACUCCAAGGAGCUGCAGCCCCUCAAGUCUCAGAAGCGAAGCAGGCUGGACACUUGCCAUCAGGAGGAGACCCAGCAGCGCACAGAGGAGGCACUUAAGGAGCUUUUCCGCCAUGUCCACAAUAUGCCUGACUCUGCAAAGAAGAAGAAGCUUAUCCGGCAGUUUAAUAAGCAUACUACAGCUCUCACUCCUGGCUCUGAGGUGCCCACAUCCCCAGCACCGCGACGUCCCCGCUCGCGCUCCUUCAGUGGCCUCAUUAAGCGGAAAGUUUUGGGAACCCCAGUUAUCCUGGAGAGGAAGAGCAGGGAUGCCACACCAGAGCCUGAGCGAGUCAGCAAAGAGAACAUCCACCUGUUACAGAAAUGUGGAUCUCCAGCUCACAUGUCCCAAACGAAGCUGAAAUCUUUGGAGAGCCGGAAAGAGGAAUCCUGCAGACGCAUGCGAGCCCACCUGCUUUCCAAGGAUUCGUCAUCCCUCUGAAUCGCCUCGCACCGGCGCAUGGGUGGGAAUGCCCAGCCUCACAAGCUGUGAACAAUGUGCUGCACUGAGAGGGGAGUGCUGCAGGUUCACAGCAUCCCCCACCAACACGGCA